CUUUCAGGGGGAAAACAGGACGAAGCACGACUGAUUGUUAUCUGGGCUGGUAAUUUGAACAGUCUGCUGCUGUUGCACGUGGAUGAACUCACUGCCAUGGCUCUUCAACUUGGCGUCUCUAGGCUUUGCACUCUGUUAUUGUGGGGCUGUAUUUGUUUUCCUCCUCAAAAAGGUUACAAUAUUGCACAUGGCUACUCUCUCAAUGAUGAUGACUUUAGUAGCCACGCAGGAGUGUUUGGUCCACAAACAUCAAACCAGUUUCAUUCUGGAGCAUCUUUAAACCCAAACCAAGACUCCGUUAGUCCAAGGGAUGAGAUGCAAGCGAUGAUACACCAAAGCUUUCAGAGAGAACCAGUCCAACAUGAAAACAAUAAGGAUGCUAGCUUGGUUAGUCUCAGUGAAGAGAUGAUAAAAAGCAAACCAGAGUCAGAACAUGCUGUCCCCUCCUCUCCCCCUGUAUUGAAAAAAGACAAUGAAGGGUUUGGUUAUCAACACCCCUUUGGCCUUUUAGUGAAGGCGCACACAAAAGGGAAAAAUACGGCGGGCACCAGUUUCUCAUCAAUCAAAGAUUUUAAACGGUUUAUAGAAUCACUGAAGACAUCUUUCUUAAUCCCAGGAAGUGACGUGGGAAGACAUUUUCAAACUGCACGGGAAACUAUUGAAAACGAGAUAGCUUCUAAUGCCCAAAAUGUAAAUAAUAAUGGGCAGCAUGACACUGGCUAUAGGUCUUCUUCUGCAAAAGAAGGCACUGCCCAUGAUGACGCCAGUGGAAAUGAAGACUGGAGUGACGCUAUGAAUACAGCAAUUGAACAAGGUGAACAGGGCACCAACUACCAAAAGCCAAGUGAAAGCCUCUUUGUCCCUGAUCCUGUGGACUCCACUGCAAGUCUCAUUUCUCCCAGAGUUUAUGAUGGCCGAGGCUCUGCUCUCUAUCCACUCCAUAAUUUAGCAGCCACAGAGCAUGUUUCACGUAAUUAUGGAGGUUUUGACAGUGGUGGCAUUUCUGGGGAAAACCCUGUUAUUUUCACAAGUGCUCCUCAUGUGAGAAACAAAGCUGUUCAGUCAACAAGCUCCAAGUUCCCUAAACAAAUACCCUCUGGUUCAUUCUUUGGAGAUGAUUUGUCUUUCAGUGGCCAUGUGACUGCAUCUCCUGUCGACCCUCGAAACAGCCCAUCUCAAGAUUUCAGCCACUAUUCAGGAAAGGAUCUAACCUCUAAGAAGACUAUCCAGCAUCGACCAAAAUAUACAUUUUACAGUAAAGACUCUUUAACAUGGGAUCAAAAACUAUCUGGUGGUUUAGAACUUGGUAAAGAUGUCCAAAGUCAGGAACUAAGCAGAGUGACUCCAGCCAAUAUCCUGUCUGCAGCAAUGCCCUCAUCUUUGAAUUCCGGUCACGUUUUAUAUGCACCAAGAGAUCAACUCUACAUCCCAGAUUAUCAACCAGAACACAACCAAAGACCAGCCAAAUCAUCUCCGACCCAUCAACCCACUGUUGGCAGGCAAUCAAAUGAUAUAAACCACAUGCCCACCGCCCACCUGCCUGUAUCUACUGGUUCUGUUUCUUCAAGCUCUAAUAACCCUUCACCACAGAGUAGCAGUGUUCUUGUUGGACCUCAAACCAGCAGCCCGCAUGAUGCUCAGAAUGUAGCUUUCAAUCGAAAGAAGCCAGUCGGAUUCUUCACAAGGUUUACUGGGCAACCUUCCGGCUCUCCUGAUGGCUCAAGCAGACAUGGUGGCCAUCUCCAAGACAAGACAGUACGUGUUAGUCCUAAAUCUGUAUACACACACAGAGUGAAAUCCAGAAACGGCUACGUAAGGAGCAAAGUAUCUCUAACAAGGAACAGUUAUGAACCUUUAUCUGCUGGAUGUAUACAAGAACACUAGAUCCCACAAUGGAAAAGGAUUUGAACAUUAAAAAGUGAAUCAAAACUUUUCGAGAUAUAACAUGGUAUGGAAAACUUUCAGAUAUUUUAUUUGUCAAUAUAACUGUGCUUAUGAUUAAUGAGAAUAAAAACAUUUACAUUUUCUCAAAUGCAGGUAAAAUUGCUGACAGUCAGUCCUUUAUAAAUAUGGGUGAGUAUUCACAUUGUGAAUGCUAAUGCUCACACAACUGAAAACUGAAGUUUAAAGUCUCAUUUUUAUUUUUGAUCUCUUGCCAUCGUCAACUUGGAGGAAAAUCAAGUUUCUGCAUUUCUACACACAUCUGUUGUAACUUUUUGACCUCCUUGUCUUGAUUGUGUCACAUGGGAUCAACUAUGUCAGUGUUUUUAGGUUGACUAGCUUUAUUUUCAGUCACAAAUGACAAGUGUGCCAAUAUCUGAGCAGUAAAAAUCUAUUGACUCAUGCUUCCCAAUUUGAUAACUCUAAAAACUAUGUAAGGUGAUUAAGAAAACAAAUCAAUCUUGUUUCGCUAAAUCUUCAGUGUGUGUGCUUGUAGGUAACACUUAAGUAAAUACCUGAAUAGUGAUUGAACAUACAGUGUCUAAUGGUAAUUUCCUUCCUUUUCCCUCAAAAAUCCUUAAUCAAUCAUUCAAACCCUCAUGUGUUGAUCUUGGCUGCAAUACUGUAGGCCUACCUGAAGCAAGAGCGUGUUAAACUGUUCCUAUAACGGCAGUAGGACAUUAGAGAGGAAUACAGAACAGCAAUUAUUAUUAAAAACAAUCUUGAGAUUCAAUCUGACGUUUAAAGGUAUGUACCAGCUAAACCAUACUGUACCAUGGCGUCAUCUGGGUCCAUAUAGACUGUGUCCACAGUCCUGCCUGUCAGAGGGGUUGUUGCACGACGCUGUUCUGCAUCAGCAACAAACUUGUGCCUCAAAAAAGAAUGAAGUUUAACAAAAA